GCGGCUCACUUCAAAUCAGUUGCGCCUCGACCUUCGUCACGGAGGGAUCUCUCGCGCGUUACUCGCUCCUCUCUCGUCGGGUAUUAUCCUCGUUCUCGGUCUAGUCCUCGUCGCGAAGGUGACGAACGCCGUGUGGAGUUUCAGUGUCGGUACGACCGUGUGCUCUGGUGCUUCUCUUUCUCUCUCUCUCUCUCUCUCUGUCUCUGUCUCUCUUUUUAUCGGGUCAGUGCCGAGGUACGCCAUUACGCGAGUUCCACGCCGGCGGCGGUGACGCGCGUCGCUAGAGAUCUUCGUCGGUGGAUGCUGCUCUCACAUCGUCCCUGCCGCGUCGUAGCUGCCGCGAGAUCUCGAGUCUCAAGGACCGCCGGAUCGAACUAAUAGCCGCGUGGAGUGGAUAGCUUCGAGGACUUUGAAAUAAACAUGUGCGUCGAGGAUCAACCGGACGUUGUUCGCCAAUGACGCAGGCAACGGCGACUAGGAGGUGACAAGGAGGACCGUGACGCACGUAGCCAACAAUCGACUGAAAAUGGCAAAAAACGCAGAGAGAUUACCCGGUACUUCUACCAGACUUAGGACCAGAGACGACGGCUGCUGUUCCGUGAAUUUCUUGAAAUACGUUCUUCACAUUUACAACGUGGUGUUGUUUCUGUCUGGACUGGUGGUAGGUGGCAUCGGUAUCUGGACGGUGGCGGCGAAGCACAGCUACGUAUCCCUGAUGUCCACGUCGACGUAUCCUACUUUAGCCUACGCUCUGAUCGUCGCAGGUGUACUGGCUGUCAUCGGUAGCUGGCUCGGAUGCGGUGGCGUAACUUCUGAAAAUCGAUGUGUCCUCCUCGUGUACGUCUUCGUGGUGAUGGCGGUGCUCGUUUUGGAGGCCGGGGUCGGUGCACUGGCGCGUCUCUACGAGGAGCAAGUCGGGCCCGAAUUGAAGAUGAAUUUAAACCGCACCUUCCUCGAGAACUAUGCUGUACGAUCUCGGGAAACCGCGGCCAUCGACCAGAUGCAAAAAGAAUUCAAAUGCUGCGGUGCCUUGAGAUUCGAGGACUGGCUCGUGAGCGAGUGGCAUAAGGACGAGGAGGUCCUCAGGAACGGUAGUGUCGUACCUGACAGCUGCUGCAAGACGCCGACGUUUCUUUGCGGGAAAAGAGAUCAUCCCUCCAAUAUUCAGUACACGGGCUGUAUUUACAAGUUCCUGGAGACGACGAAGGACCAUCUGAUAAUCUUGGGCGCCGUCGGACUCGGCCUGUCGGUACUCGAACUCUUCGGCAUCGUUCUCGGCUCCUGCCUUUAUAUAAAGCUCAGGCACGACUUUGACGACUGAGAAUUACUUCAAUGCCCAGAGGGCAAUAACAACGGCCAGUCGUGGUGCAGAUACAUGCAGAACAAUCCGGAGACCGUUUGAUCGUCGGAGUAGGGGCGGGAAAACGCGCGAUUACAGCCGCGAGAUCGUAUGGAUGAAAGGGUACCAUCCUCGGCCGUGGACCGUCGUCUGCCACUCCCUCCCCUCGACGCGUUCGGAAAGCUAUAAACAAGUGAAAACGGAGAUGGCGAUAAAGAAACGGCGCCGUUGCCUCGCCUCCCGCGAACUUUGCGCAAAUUAUGUGAUUACGGACAAUCCAAGUGGGAAGCGAAAGUUCAAAUGUAAAAACACAUAAAUUGUAAAAAAUCGAUCCGGCAACUUGGAUCGCGGUUUGAAGGUGAAGAAAAAAGAAUCGCCUUUGAUCAUUGAACACUUGUGCAACGGAGUUGGGUUUAAAAUUCGUGCACAUCGCCAUUAAGUAGAUCCUUUCAAAGACGGUGCCAUUGCGAGAUACAAGAGGGGGAAAAAAGAAACUGAAACGUAUCGCGAAGUUUGCCUCUAAAAUCGAUCGGUUUUGUCGGUGCCUUCGUAAUAACUCUUAUUUCACAACAAUACCGUCUUCGUACGCGUCGUUUCGGAAUUUCUCGGCGGGCGACGAGUUUUAAAUUCAGCUUUAGUGCCUUCUCGAACAGCGUUCCCACGCAAAACAAAUUGCAGAGAUGCAAACAAUUUUGAUAAGCAAGCAAGCAAGCAAGCAUGCGUGCGGUACGCAGGACCAGUAUAAUUAUCUUGAGUAUGUAUCUAGGCAGUCUCUCGCGAUCGGCGCAGCCGGAUCGACUGCGCAACUCACGACUAGCCGAAAAAGAAGAAUCUUAGUUCUCAUUGUCAAUGAUGUUAGGAGUAUUUUUUCUGCGGUAUAUUUUCUCCCGAAACGGAAAAAAACGUGGAGCCUGGAUCCUUUUUUAUAGCGCAUCGUCAGUCGAUUGACGUUAAUUACACGAGCUCUAAUCAUCGCCGAGUGAGUAAUGUUUCACAAACUCGGCAGAAAUUUCGCACGCGCUUCCGAAAGCGCUGACUCCACUCGAUACUGCCAUUUGCAAAUUUGCACAAUUUUCAAUUGCGAUCUGACAAGAGAGUAUAUAUUGAUCGCGCCAUUGUAAGAGCCAUGACAGAAAGAAAAGGGCGAGCUUUUUAAUUCAUCGAUUGCGAAGCCGUAACUAAUAAGACAGAAGUACAGGCCAAAGUCGAAGACAUGGACUCUGAAAUAGAACUCUAUUUUUAAAAAUGUCAAAUGCAAUAUUUUCCAAUUUUUAAUUACAUUACCGUGCUUUUAAAUUUAAAAAAUCUCGAUGCUAAUACAAAAUAUAAGAUAUUAACAAAUCGCUUGGAAGAUUAAACAUUAAAACACAUACCGUUUGAAAGAUAUUUUAUAGGUUCAUAAUCACUUUGGUUGAAUUAAAUCAUGAAUCUAAAUAUCAAUAUUCUUUAAAUUUUCCACUCUUCUCGUUUCUAUUGCUUUGUUUAAGAUAAAUUUUCAUAAAUUAAAAUUUAUUAAGAAUUAUUUAAGAUUGACUAUCGGAUAAAGGACUAUUAUCUCUCUAUAAUUUUAAUUGAAUACAAUAUCGUUAAAGAUAUCGUGAUGAUAUAAUGACAAUCAAUAAUGAUGAAAUGAAAAAGUACAAUUAAAAAUAACUUUUUUUAUUUAUAUACGUAUAUUUUACUUUUUUGUAUAUGUAAAUAUUUUUUAUACCUAUGAUUUAUUGGCAGAUCCUGCUCACAGAAUCUGACAGCAGACAGAAAUCGAGCACAAAUUAUAAAUCUUGCUCAAUUAUUACCGCCAAUCUAUUGGCAUAGUAUGAUCAGCAAGCUUUGUCAUAUUUUUGAUGGCAUAUUUACCGACAUCUUCUAAUACAGACUCUGUGUGCAAUUUGCAUCUUUUUUGCUGACAACGGUUGAUAGUAGACACUUGACAUGAUCUGCUUUCGACAGACUUAUCUAUCCGUAUAGUUAUGGCUGUGAUCGAUUGAGUCAAUGAAUUGCAAAGCUCGCUUAAAAUCUUUCGUAUUGAGGAAGAAAUUACUUGACCAUAUUUGACUUCUUCCUUAUAAUAAAGAGAUCUGAUUGAGUCGAGUAAUGUCAAUUUUUCUGCGAUCGGAUCGCACGUCAUCGAAUUUUUUCUUCUCGAAAGAAGAAAGAGUCGUGUUUCUUCUUUAUUCUCGACGCACAAUUACGAGAAUAAGUAAUCGUGGAUAAGCAGAGAAAAAACCAUCUGCCAUAAACGAUGAUGGAUCGAUCCGUAUCGAAGACGAAAAUCGACUCGAUAGAACUGUAAACAGUGCCUUGAUGAUAUUGUUGUAAGCUCAGAGAUAUUUUAAAGUACACGUAAAAAAAGACGUCGUGGCGGUGUAAAUUGUUAAAAAGGAACCAGUAGAGAAGGUGGAAAGGAGAGACUCUAGCUUGUAACAAAUUUCAAACAAACAAACACACACACACACACACAUACACACAAGCAGCAUGUAUAUAUCCGUUGCUUUGCAAAUGAGUACAAGCCUUUGCACAUUAUUUAUGAUAAACGCUUUCGUCCACGACAAAAAAACGGCGCGAAUCGGCAAUUGUAAGCUACAGAAAUUUUUUCUGUUGUGAUUCACGCGGCGCGACAAAUGACUGCGUUCAGAAGACACAACAAAUUAAACAAAUAAAUUUUUAUAACAAGAUUGAUUCUUAAUAUAUUAUAAAUCAAGUCUUCUUGUCAAAAAAGCUUAAUAAAUUCUAUUCUUCAGUAGAAUAGAAGGUUGGUUAUUGCCUUUAGUUCUUUGCUGAAUCUAAUUGUAAGUAUAGAAAUUACCGUAAAAUAUUAGGUUGAAUAAAAAGAACUCACUUGGUUUAUUUUACUUUUUAAAAAUUAUUAAUAGGGAUACAUAACUGUAUGAAUUCUAAAACUUUAUUAAAUGGAUAUAUAAAAUAAAUUAAGUGGGUCUUAUUCAACCUAGGUACUUUAUUAAAAUUCUAUACUUAGCUUCUCUUUUUAGGCUUAAUUAUUUAAAAAAAAACUUUAUUAACACGUUCCAUGACUCACGUUGGACUUUCCGAUCAGGGAAAUGUUUUGGCUAUAAAGAGAAACAUAAUUUGCUGCGAUUAGUUUUUCAAUUUGAGAUAUUAAAUAACAUUACUAUAAUUCUUAAUUGCAUGUACUUUAUAUAAAAAUUAUCGAUUAAAAUCGGUUAAUUGUUUGUAGAAGUCUUUAUUGCUACAAAAUAAUUAUUUUCAAAAUUACACAAACACAUGAAUGUUGCCUUCUUUCCUUUUAUUUUAUAAAAAUUAAUUUCUUUAUUUUAUCACACACAAUAAACAUCAUUAUAUAUCAUUUUAAUUGUAAAAUGAUUAACUAAUAAUUGAAUAAUUGAAUAUUUGUAUUAAAAAAUGUUAAUUUUACAAAAUAAUUUUAUUAAAUGUUAAUUUAUUAACUAUCCACACAGCAUACAUCUUUCAAAAAGCUUUCCGAGAUAAAUACCUUCCAAUAAGCAAAAACGCAACAUUUAAAAAUAAUGAUUUCAUGUAUAUUUUUAAACAUUUUAAAACAAUAUUGUAUAAACAUUUUAAAAAGAUUAUAUAGGUUAGUAUUACGAAAUUUUUUACGAAACCUUGUUGAAAUGUUUUAAAAACAUCAUAUGGUCAAUUUUAUGGUUCAAAUUUAUUUAUAUUGAUUUAUCUACAACGUUAAUUAUUGUGUGUGUGUGUGUGUGUGUGUGUGUAUGUGUAUGAAAAUGUUACAUGUUAUUAAAUAUCAUUAUAAUAACAUGAUAAUAAUAACUUUAUGCUUACUAAACUCAUCCUUUGCAUGAUAAACAAAUCACGUGAAAUUGAUGCACAAAACGUGUUUAAAAAUAUAAUUUUUUAAAAUUCUAUUUAAAAAUUCUUUCUAAAAAAACUUUAAUAAAAAUGAAAUAAAUAAAGUAGGCCUUAUUCAACGUAGGUACCUUAAUAAUGAAUCACCAAGCGCUCAUUGAACUGUUUUUUUUCUGCUGGACGCAGCCAUUGUUCCCUCUUUCUAUUGUGUCCCGCGCGUGAUCGAAUUUUGAUAAGCAACUUAUUUCACAAUCGUCGACAACUGAUUGUUACAACCUUGCAAUUGCAGAUUCUAUCGAGAUAUUCUCGCGCCCAAGAAAGUCUAAACAUAUUUUAUUACUGUAUCAUCGCGUCAUAUAUUAUUUUAAUCUUAAUAUUAUUGUGUCCUCUCUUUGCUAUUAUGUAUACAUAUAUUAUCGACUAGUGUCUAGACGAACUUUAUACAUAUUGUACAUAUCAAACGCUAUUCUGUUACAAAUAAAUGUUUAAAUCGUA